AAGUGAGAUGUUAAAGUCUGAAAUAUGUAUGUUACGCGUGUUUAUUCAUCUGCGACUCCACCGGGAAAUGAAAGGAAAAAAACAAAACAAAAAAACGGGAUAACAUGGCGCGAAACGCUGCCACACAGGACACGAGGGUUCACUGAAUUGUCAAAUCUCAUCGGUUGUGAGAAUGUGCUGCGUGAUUUGAUGAACACAGUCGGCCUACCGUGCAAAGGUUUUAGGCAGUGAAAGGAAACCUGUGGACGUAAGGCAUCAUGGCUGAGCAGCAGAGGCAGCGCUCUCUGUCCACCGCUGGUGAGUCUCUCUACCAUGUGUUGGGAGUUGAAAAGAUGGCCACGACGGAUGACAUUAAGAGAUCUUACAGGAAGCUGGCAUUGAAGUUCCACCCUGACAAGAAUCCCGACAAUCCAGAAGCAGCAGAUAAAUUCAAGGAGAUUAACAAUGCCCAUGCGAUUCUGAACGACCCCACGAAGCGUAAUAUUUACGACAAAUAUGGUUCUCUGGGACUGUAUGUGGCUGAGCAGUUUGGAGAGGAGAAUGUUAACACUUACUUUGUCCUUUCAAGCUGGUGGGCGAAGGCUCUGUUUGUAUUCUGCGGCCUGGCCACUGGCUGCUACUUCUGUUGCUGCCUGUGUUGCUGCUGUAACUGCUGCUGUGGAAGAUGUAAACCACGGCCUCGCGAGGGCCAGGACCAGGACUUCUAUGUGUCCCCAGAGGACCUGGAGGCUCAGCUGCAAUCUGAUGAGAGAGAGGCUGGUGGUGACCCAAUCAUGCUGCAACCGUCAGCAACAGAGACAACCCAGUUAACAUCGGAUGGGCACCACUCCUACCACACUGACACCGGCUUCAACUAACGCUCCGCUCCCGUCGAUCCUGGCCUGCGGUCCUGCCUGCUUCCCUGCUCCACCUCAGCGAGACGAAAGAAAAGGGGCAAUCCAUCUUUCCUUCAGAAAGGGAGCUAUGUGGAGGAGAGGGACUAGUAAGCACGGCCCAUGAAAGGAACUAAUGAAGUCACAUCCCGUACACCCCUCCCUGAUUGGUCCACCUACUUAUUUCCCCCAGUACGAGAAGAAAAUAGAAACAACCAAAUUGUUUCCUUUUUAGUUCUUCUUUUGUAUUUCUUGGCCUUCAAGCACACAGGUCGCCUACCCCACUUUCCCUCUCCCACAUUUUGCAUCAUGGUGUAGCAUGCACUGUUGAUUAAAACAUGGUCUCCAAAUUUUCUUUUAUCUUUUGCAACAUCUCUACUUUGCAAGACUCAUAAUGUAGGUGCGUACGUACGUGCAAUAUGUUCAUAUGAGUACGGUUCAAUGGGAGGAGGAGGUAGGUAAAGUUUACGUGAUAUUUAAUGCUAAAGGAAAAGGAGAGCCAUGGCUCAGGGAGGUGCUGGUUAGAGAGAUGCGAUUGUCGGGUUAGGUGGUGCCAUCAUUAAAACCUUGAAGAACAGAGCUGUCAUAUAUUAGUGCAAUUUUCGACUCCGAUUUGCAAUCAAUAAUGUUUUAGUUGAAAAUAACACGAGCCAUCGUCAGACCUCCAGUAUGUGUUUGGCAAUGUUCGUUUGUCUUUCGUCUGCUCCCCUGAGUGUUUUUCAUGUGAAUCACGAGGUUGUUAAGGCACAGAGCUUAAUUUGCAGACAGUUUUUCACAAAUGCUUGCUGACUUAACACUUCUGCUUUCGUUAUUAAUUAGUAUUGGCUUUUCCUUUCUUUCUUUUGCCACAGCUUCAUGCAUUGCAUCUCAUCCUUACAGGAUACUGACUACUUUCCCUCUUUCCUGCAGCACUGAACAGGUCGUAAUGACAAUUAUCAUCAAGGUAACUUUUUAUAUUGAAUCAUAAUAUAUUUCAUAUUGUUUCCAGCCAAACCAAACAAUUAAUCAUUGUUCAUUUUUUUCAACAUAUUAGCUGUUACAUGGAAUUUUUUAUAAAUGAUGACAUUGGAUUCAUAAAGUUGAAGCAUACGCUUUUAAAUGAAUCUUAUACAAAACAUUGAUAAUCAUCAUUUUAAUAAUGCAGCUAUUCAUAAGUGGAUGAAAUUUUAUUUCUUCAUUUUUCCCAGUUUCCUAAUUUGGUAAAGCAUCUAGGUUAUUGGAAUCAUAUGCUGAGUUGUGUCUGUCUUUUCUUUUUCUUUGUUUUUUUUGUUAAUACUAAUGGCAAAAACUAUUUUUAGAGACAUCACAUCUCCCCGAGACUGAUAGUCGUUCAUUUCAUCUAAUUGUGGCAGUUAUUUUUGCUUACUCAUUGAUUUUGUGCUAUGUGAAGCCAAGGAGCUCCAGGUAAUCCAGCGGACUCUGAUCAGAGCUGAUAAAAGGGAGAAAUAACAGAUCUCUGGGUCAGAAGUUGACAUGGUUUAACUCUGAGCUGUCUUGAAAAUAUUAAGUAGUUAAUGUGAUGUGAAAAAAAAAAAAACCCAACAUGUUGCAGAGUUAUUUUGGGAAAUAAAGCUGACUACAUAAUAUCCACCUGGGGAUAUUGUAGGUACAGGAGGAAUAUUAAACUCAUCAUGUUUUUGGUCCUUGUGUUUUGAACUGAAGUCUGAUCACUCUGUCAUUUUGUUCAAUGCUGUGAUCAUUUAUCAUUUUUGAAUCCGUGUAGAGUAAGGAGCUUGUAAGGCAUAUCAUCUGUGAGCCAUUGCUACAGGCAGCUCUGAGUACAAUGGCUCUAGAUUUUUCAUACUACUGAAUCUGCAUAUAUUGCGACACAUUUGCAAAUUGCCAUAAAUUGCCAUAAACAUCUUUGCCAUUUCGACAGUUUCAUAACUGCUAAUAAUGUGUUUCAAUGGUUUACAAAUGGUGAGCUCCUGUUGCCCACCCUCUGCUAUUAACGGUAUGGAUGUUGACCUCUGUGGCCCUUGUAUGAUGUUUCCUGUAACCCUUGAUGAAACAUAGAUGUUCCUGUCAUGGCUUUUUCAUUGAGAUACUGAAAAAUGCUACUGUAAAUGCUCUAAGUUGAAUGCACUGUGUGUUUAAAAAAAAAAAAAAAAAACUAUAAUGGAUCAGUGAUCAGGAAAUGACUCCAUAAAAAGACAACAUAUUAUAUAGUGUAACUAUAGUGAAAUGGUUAUAUGAUGCAUUUUUGGAAUUUUAUUUAUUUCAUACUUUGUCAUGUUCCAAAUGAUGAUUGGCUUUAAUUUUAACUGGUAUGGUGUCGUACUGUAAUCAUUACAUUUUGCAAGGAUUGGUUUAAUGGUUAAGGCCGCUUGUACAUACACUUGGCCCAUAUAAAGUAUAAACAUUAAGGUUUAUGUUGUAGCAUGGUAAUUG